AUGGCUUUCAAGACUCUGUCUUUGAAGCUUUUCGGAUUGAUCCUGUCGUUAACCCCUUCGGGUUUGUUCUGGUGGAAUUCGAUUGUAUUCAGUCCUUCUCCGGUCACGCCGGAGCCGGAGAUAACAGACGAGCAUCAGCAAUUUCGUUUCCCGGCAUCCAAAUCCCCAUUCUCCCUGACCCAUCAAGAUUCUUCGCCCAAAACCUCCUCCCCUCCCCACUGCCCACCAAUUCCUUCUUCCAGAACUUUGUUCUCAAGCACGGCGACCAGCCGGAAUACAUUCACCUGUACCUCAUCAAAUCGGCCACCAUCUAUUACCGAGAACCCUAAAUACGUUUACCAGAGUUUCAACCCGGAUAUAUCCAUUACCACGGCGAAUAAUCCCAACCCUGAUGCAACCCAUGUCGUCUCUGCUUUCGGUGACCUGAGUGUGACAUUGGAUCAUCCUUCCAGCAAUUUACGAUACCAUCUUGUCAGGGGAAGUCCCUUUUUGACUGCUGAGGUUUUGAGGAAGUCUGCUGUUUCAAUUUCAACUAUUCAUGCUAUUCUGCAAAUUUCAUCGAAUCCUGAUCAGACUAAGUUUACCAUUAAGUUGAAUAACAAUCAGACUUGGGUAUUGUAUGCUUCUUCACCGAUUACAUUGUAUGCUUCUUCACUGAUUACUCUGAAUCAGGAGGGACUUUCUUGUUUAACUACUAGUGAAUUUACUGGGAUUUUUAGGAUAGCUGCUUCGCCUGAUUCUGACCCAAAUAAUGAAGCCACUCUUGAUUGUUAUACUUCUCGUUACCCUUUAAGUAGUCAUGCUGUUUUACUGUUCAUGCUUGCACAUCACCUGCAUCUUAAGCUUCUUUCCAAAGCUCAUUGUUCUUUUACUGUAUUGGAGAAUUUUAAGUACAAAAGCAUUGAUGGAGAGUUAGUUGAAGUUGUUGGGAACUCGUGGGUUUUUGAAGAGCUAACUCCUAUAGCUACGGAUUCGUCUUAUUUUUAUGGAAAGUUGGUGGCAAGAGCUGCGAGAUUGGCUUUGAUUGCUGAAGAGGUACACCUUGAUGUUAUUCCAGCAAUCAGGAAGUUCUUGAAGGAUGCGAUUGAACCUUGGUUGGAUGGGAAAUUAGCUACCAAUGGUUUUCUGUAUGAUCCAAAGUGGGGUGGCAUUGUGACUAAACAAGGAUCAUUGGAUGCUGAGGCUGAUUUUGGCUUUGGGUUGUACAAUGAUCACCAUUAUCAUCUUGGUUAUUUUGUUUAUGGAAUUUCUGUUCUCACAAAGAUUGAUCAUAACUGGGGAAUGAAGUACAGACCACAAGCUUACUCAAUGAUGGCAGAUUAUUAUAUGAGUUUAAGCCGAAAGGCAGAUUCAGGUUAUACUCGCGUGAGGUGUUUCGACUUUUGGUUGUUGCAUUCUAGGGCUGGAGGCUUGACAGAAUUUGGAGAUGGCCGGAAUCAGGAAAGCACAAGCGAGGCAAUAAACGCUUACUAUUCAGCAGCUUUAAUGGGGUUGGCUUACGGAGAUACUAACCUUGUCUCCAUAGGGUCUACUCUCACAGCCUUUGAGAUUCAAGCUACCCAAACUUGGUGGCACGUAAGGGAAGGUGAUAUUCUCUAUGGCGAUAAAUUUACGAAAGAGAACAAAGUUGUGGGUAUGGUAGGGCAAAUAAGAGGGAUAGUGCCCUUUGGUUUGCGCCGCCUGAAUGGAAAGAAUUACGCAAAACAGCUAGUUACAUGGACUCAGCCAGCUUUGGCUAGGGAAGGAGUUGGAGAAGGUUGGAAGGGAUCCGCCUUCGCGUUGGAAGCCAUUUACGACAAAGAAAGUGCCCUAGAGAAGAUCAGGAACCUGAAAGGAUACGAUGAUGGGGAUUCACUUACAAACCUUUUGUGGUGGAUUCACAGUAGAGCACAGGGACAUGGAAGAGGAGGGAGAUUCAGCUGGGAAGCCAGGCAUCGAAUGGAGAUUUGGGGAAGACUAGGAUGUGAUGAAGUUAAAGCUCUUCCUGUUGUUCAACAAGAAGAACCCACCACCAGUUUUUUGAUUUCACCAACAUUUAUUAUAACCAGAAGAAGAACAGAGCUGCAAUUUCGCAAUGCCGUGAAUCAAUGGAGAUUAAGGAUUUCAGAUUUUGCAGCAGCUCUGCAAACUGCAAAGGGAGCUUAA